AUGUUUCCCUUUGUGGCCACUAUCCUCAAUCUCCUCCCUGUCACUGGAGUGCGAGAUCUGCAGUCAGUAAGCGUGCCGUGCUUGUGUCCUCAGGAGGUGAGCGAUGCCGACAUGAUGGAGCUGGUUCACAGCUCUCUGGGCAGGAUGACCAUCAUACGUCAGAUCUUCCCGCUGUGGAGGGACACCAACGUGCGCUGUAUGAGGAACAACCACCGCAUCUCCUCCCUGCUCUGUGACCCGCAGGAGGGGUAUCUGCAGUCCCUGGAGGUCUCCAACUUGUACCUAUAUGACAGCGUGCUGAUGCUGGCCAAUGCCUUCUAUAGAAAGCUGGAAGACCGGAAGUGGCACAGCAUGGCUAGCCUCAACUGCAUGAGAAAAUCCACUAAACCCUGGAACGGCGGAUGGUCCAUGCUCGACACCAUUCAAAAGGGCCGCAUCAGUGGUCUCACAGGGAUGAUGGACUUUCGUGCUGAAGGCUCCAACUCACAUGUACAGUUCGAGAUUCUGGGGACAAGCUACAGCGAGACGUUUGGCAAAGACGCCAAAAGGUUGGCGACGUGGGACUCGACUCGCGGUCUGAACGGAAGCCUGAAGGAAAACCGCAUCGAGAGUGGGAUGCAAGGGGUGACGCUCAAGAUUGUAACAUUACUGGAGGAGCCUUUUGUGAUGGUGGCAGAGAACAUUUUAGGCCAACCCAAGAGGUACAAGGGCUUCUCCAUCGACGUUCUGGAUGCCCUGGCCAAGAUCCUGGGAUUUAAGUAUGAUAUUUACCAAGUUGCUGACGGAAAGUAUGGCACGGCCCUGCCAAACGGAUCGUGGAACGGCAUGAUCGGGGAACUUAUUGGCAAGAGGGCUGACCUGGCCUUAUCUGCCAUCACCAUCACCCCAGAGCGCGAGAGUGUGGUGGACUUCAGCAAACGCUACCUGGACUACUCUGUGGGCAUUUUGAUGCGCAAAUCGGAGGAGAAAAUUAACAUCUUCUCUUUGCUGGCUCCCUUCGACCUGGCCGUGUGGGCGUGCAUCGCUGCUGCGAUCCCUGUGGUGGGCAUUAUGAUCUUCCUGCUGCGGAGGAUUCAGGCCGUACGCUGCCAAAGCAACACCGGAGGCCACCCAACACCGUCGGUGUCCACAUCUCUGCAAAGCGCCAUCUGGAUCGUUUAUGGAGCCUUCGUACAGCAAGGAAGCGAUGCCAUCCUCGGAUCAGUGGCUUUGCGGAUCGUCAUGGGAAGCUGGUGGCUGUUCACUCUUAUCGUGUGCUCUUCAUACACUGCCAAUCUGGCGGCUUAUCUGACCGUGUCACGCAUGGACAACGCUGUACGGUCUUUCGCUGACCUGUCUAAGCAGUCCGACCUCAUGUACGGGACGGUGCGCGAUUCGGCCGUGUACGAAUACUUCCGGGCAAAAGGUACGAACCCUCUGGAGCAGGACAACACGUUUGCAGAGCUGUGGAAGAUCGUCAACAAGAACAACGGCCACGACAACUCGGUCAGCAGCCCCAUGGAGGGCAUCAAGAAGGUGAAGCGGGAGCCCUAUGCCUUCCUCUGGGACAUGGCGGUGGUGGAAUACGCCGCUCUGACGGAUGACGACUGCACUUUGACCAUCGCAGGGAACAGCAGGAGCACGAGAGGCUACGGCAUGGCCCUGCAGCACGGCAGCCCCUACAGAGACCUGUUUUCUCAAAAGAUCCUGGAGCUGCAGCAGAAGGGGGACUUGGACAUUCUGAAGCAAAAGUGGUGGCCUAAGAAGGGUCGCUGUGACCUGCAGAGCCACGCGGACGCUCAGCCGGAGGGGCGGGCCUUGCGGUUGCACAGUUUCGCGGGGGUCUUCUGUAUCCUGGCCGCGGGCCUGCUCCUGGCGCUGCUCGUAGCUGCUCUGGAGACAUGGUGGAACAGUAACCCCUGCCGGAGAGAACAGCCCAAAGAGGACAAGGAGAUGAAUCUGGAGCAGGUGCACCAUCGCCUCAACAGCCUGCUGGACGAUGACCUGGCCCACAAGCAGCUCCCGGGACAGUCUAUUGAGAUCUCUGCUCUGGACAUUGGCAGCAUGCAGCCCAGUCAGUCUCUGGAGGCCCUGUCAGCGCGGGACUACCCUCCCCACCGCGGGGGGCCUCUCUCAGUCACCUCCUUCCUGCAGGAGAGCCACGGGCCGGGCCGGACACUGGGCGCAGUGGGAGGCCGAACCCUUCCUCUGCCCCUCAGCAGUGCCACCAUGCCCUCCAUCCGCUGCAAACAUAGGGCUCCUAACGGCGGGCUCUUCAGGCAGAGCCCCCUCAAGACCCCCAUGCCAAUGUCAUACCAACCUGUUCCCGGGGGGGCCAUCCCCGAGGCCAGCGAGCCCAGCCACGGUACGUCCAUCUGA